AUGAGCGAUGAGCCCUCUACAAGCUCUGACAAUUCGUUGAGCAGGAAAAUCAUUGAGAAUGACAACUCGCCUGCUUUACCAAGUGAAUUUACUGCUGUUGAUGAGGCUGAGCAACUUGCGAACCUAUACAUGAAUUUGGACAGGUUCUGUGAGAGCACAUCGGUCACACCAAGCGAUAUGACGCGAGCUGAUGAAGACGAGUUGAUAUCGCGCAUGCUGGAUUCGACAGUAAAGCAGCUGAUAGAAAAGACAUGUCCUCAGUGCCCCAGAUUUACGAGGAACUGGAAGCCGACAGAAUUUCUGGAUACAUACAAUUUCCGACGAAGUUGGGCACGAGAUGUAGUGCAUAUGCUAGAUUGGGCCAAUCAUUUCCCAGCAUUCAAAAAACUGUCGCCUGAAGAUAAGGAGAAGGUGUUUAUCGGAAGAUUUACUCAGUUUUCGCUGUUUACAAAGUGCUAUCGAACUUACCGCGAAAGCUGCAGCGGUCUACUGCUCGGCUGUGGCAAUGUGUUUCCAUACGAACGCGAUGCGAGGGUGAAAAUCGAAGACGAAUACCUUCGCAAAUUAUUCUCACGACUUUGCGACGCCCUCUUCUCCGAGAUCAUCUUCCCAAUGGCUUAUCUUCGCAUUACCGACUGCACUUAUGUGCUGAUGAAAGCGAACAUAUUUUUGUUUGAAGGCUUCACCUAUAGCAGCCUAACAGCAGAAGGAAAGGCAUUGAUAGCGCAUGAGAAGGCGCGACAUCGAGCAGCUCUUCUUACACAUCUCAACUCGGGGAAAGUCUCUUUUGACGACCGACUCAAUCAGAUCAUCCAAAUAGAGCACAUGAUGGCCAGCAUUGAAGCUGUAUCGAAUUUCAUGGACAAGGAAAUUCAGUUCUUAGGAGUAUUCGGUCUGCUUGAUAUGGGUCGAACGCUUAUCAGGGAAUGUCAUGUGAACAAAUACAAAUUCAAUUUGUCCAUGUAG